AUGAAACAUAAACUAUCUUUUUGCUUACUUUCCAUGUUACUCUUUCAAUUAUGUAUUAUGGAAAUUCCAGAUAAUUUAUAUUCGGUAUCCGCUAUAAAUUCACUUAACGUUUCAAUGAUUGAACCAUUAGGAAUAUGGGGUGAAAUUCUAGAAAACUGGACUAUUUCCGAUUCAAAAAUAACCAGAAUGUCGAAAGUGAUGAAAUUGGGAGAUAAAAGCUUAACUGUUACGAGCAAAAUAUCGAUGCCAAACAAACGAGAAGUCUCUGAAACAGAUCUCUAUUUACUUGGUGCGAUAGAGAAACUUGUCUACAGAGUAGAUUUUUUAGAAAAUCGUCUUAAAAGAGCAGAAGAACUUCUGUAUUAUGUAAUUUCUGGAAAUAUCAACAAAAAAGAAUCUUGUCCCACUAAUUAUUCCAAAAUCGGCCAGAAUUGCUAUCACUUUAGCAAUCGUGAAUUCGAUUGGAAGUCGUCAGCAAGUCUUUGUCGAGGAAUGGGCGGCCAAUUAUUAGAAUUUGAUACUAAUAAUGAAAAACACGACGUAAUAGUUAAUUUACAAACGAAUUCUAAAUUAAAAGGUAAAACCUUUUGGACAGGAGGAUUAAAUCCAGGUCUUCUUUGGAUCUGGGCUAGUAGUGCAAAACCAGUUUAUCAAAAUACUAAAUACACUGUUCCUGGUGAUGGCAGAUGUUUAAAAUUAUCUUACAAUUCUACAUCUAGAUUGUACUCUUAUCAAAGUGAUGAUUGUGGCGCAAGACACAAAUAUGCUUGUAAAUUGACAAAAGAUGAUGAUUCAGCAAAAAAAAUUGAGAAAACUGCAAAAAUGUUGAACGAAUAG